UGCCUCUUACUUGUACCCUUAUCUCAUCAUCCAUUCACACAGUAGUUUAAGAACUUCUAGCUAAGAAAAAUGGCAAAGCAGACAAGUUUCUUUCCACUGCUAGGCUUCCUUGUCAUUGGAUUUCUUUGUUUCAUUUGUCUACCUGCUGAGGCUGCCCUUAAGAAAUAUCAGUUUGAUGUUCAAGUGGCAAAUGUGAGCAGAUUGUGCCAUGCAAAACCAAUUGUUACAGUUAAUGGGAGAUUUCCCGGGCCAACUAUAUAUGCUAGAGAAGGAGAUAGAGUUCAAAUAAAUGUUACUAACUUUGCACAGUAUAACUUGUCCAUCCACUGAUUUGGAGCAUUUGGAGGCCGAGUACAGAGGCAAGAGCA